AUGCCUCGCACCUGCUGCUGGUACCCUCCGCUGUGUGCGGUGCUUGUUUCGGCUCGGUUCGGAUCCGAUCGGCGCAGAGCACAUGAUAUGGAUGCACGAUCGCGAAAAUGCGAAAUAGCGUGGAAUAACCGAGUGCCAGGCGCGUUCGAGGUGUUGCCUCUGCCGAACUGUGUCGCAUGCGCGUCAUCGUGGCUGCAGAGAGGUAUACGAGAGCGCCGUGUGUCGCAUGCCGUACGCAAACAAACGGCUUUCACCUUCGUACCGCCAGACACACUGAUGUGGAGGAGUGCCUAUGACAGAGGUGAACUUUUAGUGCGCUUGUUUUGCCCUCAUAUGAUGCCGUGGUCUCUGUUCAAUUCCGCGCAGCGGCGUUCCUUCAACCUUUCGGACAAGAAGGCGGCGAAACAUCAGUCCUCUUACGGAUGCGGCUACGAUGCGAUUGUACCGGAGGCGAACAACGCUAGCCUCAGGCGCUACCUGCAGUACAAGCCGUCCGUGUUUCGACGUCAGCUUUCGGUGGCACCCACGCGCCGGCCCGCGGACGACAUUGAGAAUUUCGAGAACGCGUCGCUUUGCUCGGUACCCAUUGCUCGACACGAAAAAGUACACUUUACGAAGUCCGAGGGCGCUCGGCAAAAUCGGUCGCCCGUACUGACCGUGCGCAGCUCGUGGAGACAAGACCGCGAUCGCCAGGGUUUGUGCCACAGCGGAGAAUCGGCCAUACGGAUCAGUGCCAGCCCGAACUUGGUCACGAACUCGUCUGUCGACUCAUGUCGGCCAGUUCGUCAGUCGGACAGCCUCGACCACCUUCGACCGGUGAAGCAUCAUAACCGAGUUACUUACUGCAGUUCACUGCAGUUUCCAGAUUUGCUCAACGACUGCGUUAAGAUUGCCGGCAGCUCAAGCAACACCUAUCGAAGCACUCUAAGCAAACACAUCGUUUGUAGCUGUCCCGAAAAAGACCUGGAUUGGAAGUGCAAACCGCUCAAGUUAUGGACCACCAAUGACGUCAUCGCCUGGCUGCAGCACAUUGGCAUGGAUGAAGUGGCAUCGGUUUUUAUAGCUCAACUGGGGAUUGAAGAUCCUCAGACGCAGUCGUACCUGUUGAAGGAGUUGGCUGCUCUGAAAAACGAAGAAAAGUCCAAUACGUUUGGGAAGCGGAUUAACAAACGAAGAACAAAGCUGUUUCCGCUCGUUUCUGAAUUCCCAGCCAGCAACAUCAUGGCACUGACACUGCCAAAGUUUUUCAACUGCUGGGACAUAACCGUCGCGUCUUCUCCUAUCGAUGGGAGCCUUAGAAUUACGAAUUGUCGGCGAGACGAUUUGCCACUUCGAGUCGGAGACAUGUAA